AUGACAUGCCACUGGUUGUGCAGUGAUGAAGUUGUAGUUUUAUGUGAUGGAGAUACCAAAUACACUAAUCAAGUGACUGAAGAAGGUUCAUUCCUGGCUGAGGAUGUUUCAAACGAAGAAAUUAAAGAAGUCGAUAAAGAACUUUCUGAAUUGUCAAUAAGUUUGGAGAAUGAUGAAAAUGAUCAACUUUCAUCUGAUGACACUUUAACUAAAUCUCCUAAAGUGGAUUCUCCUGUAAAUAUUCUAUCAUUGGCUGACGUCUCACUGGUAAAUGGUGAUGAUAAUGUUGGAAUGGUUGACCAUAUUUCUUCUGGUGAUGUUGCUGCAGUAGUGGACUUUCCUAAUUCUGAACAACCCAUAUGUAAGGCAUUUGAUGUCAACUCUUCAUCAGAUAAACCACAAUGUGAUCAAAGUGAAAUAAUUCAAGUACAACAACAAAAAGUUGAGUAUGUUGAAGCAUUUACUGCUACUACUGGCGGUGAUGGUCUUCGUAGUGAUGAUCCACAUACAUCUUCAGCAGCAUCAGCAGCAGAAAAACAGAUAAGAUCCAAUCUUCAAUUGUCACCAGCAGCAGCAGUAGCACCACUGUCAAGACGUGCUACAGACCUGAAAAAAGAGAAAAAACCCGCCAAUGUAGCAAAAUUGACUACUCGACAUUCGUUUUUAUCUGGAAGUAAACCACCUCAUGUUUGUCUAGCUUAUGAUUUUUCAAGUUUAGAUAAAGAAACCAUUCGAAAUUAUGGGAUAUCUGUAAGACAAUUGAGUCCAUCACUAACUGAAUUACAACAAACUUCUUCUUCUUCUCAUGAAUCAUUUCACGAAAACACAAAUAUCACUAAUGACUUCAUAACAAAACCUGAGACAAAUGUCCACUCAUCACCAUCACCAGCCCUGUCAAAUGAAAAUUCCACUUCCGAGCAAGAAAUCUCAGAUAUUGGUUUAGCUAGUGUUAUCCAGACAACGCAAGAAUUUAUUCGUACUAAACCUAAACGAAGCUUUCAAAAUCAUAUGAUGAUGUCAACAAAUAUGCUAUCGCUUAUUCCAAUGGUUGUUGGACCACGAGCUGUGUUACCCUGGUCUGCAGAUCGUUUAAAACAACUGAUUACCGUAUUUAGUGCAAAUGAUUUUGGAUUACAAGUGACAAAUUCGAAUGAUAUUGGCCCAUGUGAUUGUGAAGGUCAAGUUCGUGUACACAUAAACUUACUUCGUCCUAUUCGAAUGUUACUGACAGCUCGACCUGCUUCUAUAUUCGAUGUAGUUGGUUCGAAAAGUGUAGAUGAUGAAGAUGACGAAGAAGACGAUGGCGAUGAUGAAGAGGAGCAGGAGCACGAGCACGAGGCAGAGGGAACAGAAGAAAACGUCAAUCCUUGUCCAUGGUUUGUAAAACAUACCAGUGAUAAUAAUAAGGAUAAUAUUGAUGUAUACCACAACUAUAAUGCUGCGAAUGCUCCUGCCUUCUUAUUAUCGAGUGAAAAGUCAAAUGGCGUUGGACAAAAUGCUGCUGGAGUUCGUCGUCAUCGAUUAGGACGAACAGCCUCUAGAGUGUCAACUUUUCGAUUGCCCAGAGGGAGUACAAAACUGUUGCAUGUUCGACUAUCAACAACUGCACAAAUGGUUAUCUGUGCAUUACUCGAUCGAUUUGGUAUACGUGAUAAUCCUCAAAAGUUUGCUUUAUAUGAACAUACAAUUGAAGGUGAUCAAAAAGUUUCUGUACGAAAAUUAUUUGAUGAUGAAUCCCCAUUGGGUUUAUUAUUCAAAUGGGCUGAACAAGAUCCAAAUAAUUUUAAUAAUAUUCUCAGUGUGAAACGAUUAGUCCUACAAGAGAAUGAAACUGGUGAUAUUGAAUGGUCCACAUUCAGUUUAUCUGAAUUGCAUACAUUCCUUGGUAUAUUGAAUCGUGAAGAGAAUGAUUAUCGUCGACGUAUUGAAAUGAAGUAUGAAAUACGCCGGAAAGAAAUAAAACGACUGAUGGAUUUACGUCUUAGUGAAAUGAAAUCCUCUGAAAUUGGCGUUAAUAAUAAUAAUCCCUCUACUAUUGUUGAAACGCCAAAUAUUAUUUCUGAAUCAUACAAUGCUGAAAACAAUAGUAAUAGUAAUAAUAAUAAUAGUAACAAUAAUGGUGAUAAUGUUGAAUCACAAGAUGAACAAGUAUGCAGAAAUACAAAAUCCAAUGUAUAUUCUCCUAUGGAUUCAAUGUCUGCACCAGUUUCACCGGCAUUAUUCCGUAAAAAUGACAAUCAGUUAAAACUGGAAGGUGGUGGUGGUGAGCCAUUGAAUUUCUUUCAUGCUCCAUCCUCACCAGAUUCUUGUUCAUCCCCAGAAUCAACACUUCGGCGUAAAACAGUUAGACAGAGUCAAUUAUUAACAAAUGCUGUUACAACAUUACCUCGUUCACCAGCGGUGAAAACGUCUACAGCCUCAGCGUCACCAUCAUCUAAUAAACUCCCCUCAAUAUUUAAAUCAUUUUCAAAUUUCAAAGCGAAAAAAGCUGAAAUCUCUCAACAGAAACGAUUAGCUAAGCUAGAAAAAGCGCGUAUUAAAGCUGCAGAACAACAACAGCAGCAACAGAAAGAUCGAGUCAAGAAUAAUAACAAUAAUAAUAAUAGUCAUGCCUCACAAUUGUCUACAUGGAAAUGGUUUGGAUUCGGUACUAUUUCACCUUCACGUGCGACUGCUGCUGCUACUGCCGCUGCCGCUGCUGCAUCCAUAUCUCCACAGUUAUCAUCAAAUCAGUAGGCUAUAUUUUAGAAGAAGUUGAAGAAGGUGUUUUUUUGCCCACUGUCUUCCAUUUUUUCUGUGAAUGUAAAUAGUACACUUAGGACAACAUGUUGGUUGUUUCCUCUCUCUCUAACCAAUCUUUUCUUCUCAUGAUUGUUAUUUUAUUUUUUUUGUUGCUAAUUUCUUGCAGUGAAUACAUUUCACGGUUAUUUUUUGCCUCCUUCGGAUAGAUGAGUCUGAUUUUUUUUGCCUUCGUCAGCCAGCU